AGAACACACACUGGAGAGAAACCUUAUGAAUGUAAUGAGUGUGGCAAAGCCUUUGCAGAAAACAGUACUCUCUUAAGCCAUAAAAGAACACACACUGGAGAGAAACCUUAUGAAUGUAACCAGUGUGGUAAAGCCUUUGCACAAAACAGUCAUCUCAUAAGCCAUAAAAGAACACACACUGGAGAGAAACCUUAUGAAUGUAAUGAGUGUGGUAAAGCCUUUGCAGAAAACAGUCAUCUCAUAAGACAUAAAAGAACACAUACUGGAGAGAAACCUUAUGAAUGUAAUGAGUGUGGCAAAGCCUUUGCAGAAAACAGUACUCUCUUAAGCCAUAAAAGAACACACACUGGAGAG